AUGGAAUCGCCGCUCUCGCCCGCCACCGAGGCCAGCCUUAACAGAGCCACGCCUCCGAGCAAAAGAAAAUACGACCAGUACGAGGCCCGGGCCUCUGCCGCUUGCACGAGCGCAGCCGCAGCCGCAGCCGCAGCCCGCGAGGCUGCUCCGCUGGGCUGCUCGCCGCGCGUGGCGGCCGCCGACAUGGACCAGGAGAAUGCGGCCUUGCCGCCCAAGCAGCCCCGGCACGGUCGCGUGCUGUCCGGGACCGAGCUGUCGCCGCUGAAGAUGCUGGCGGAGCAGAGGGGCGGCGGCGACGGCCUGCCGCCUCGGCAGAGAAGCCCGAGGAAGCUGUCGCCGUCGUCCCGGUUCCCCGUCAAGAUCAACCCUCACGAGGGCGAGGGCGAGGGCGAGGGCGAGGACGAGGACGAGGACGAGGUCAAGUGCGGCGACGACGCGCGGCGAGCGAGCAAGGAGCGCAAGAGGCCUCUGGACGGCUUGGAAAGAGCCGUGGAGGUUUUCAACGACGAGCAAAGUGAUUUGCUCCAUUUCCAAGGGCCUGCUGCAGAAACAGCGGCGGCGGAUGCCGAUGCAGAGCAGAGCCCCGACGCCGACGCCGACGCCGACGCCGACGAGACGGCCGGCCCGGACGAUACCGCCGUCAGCACUUUUAGCACCUUCUCGGUGGUGCCAAACAUGACGGUUUUUGCGACGCUGGGCCAGGGCGCGACCAAGCACUCGGCCUUUGACGGGCUCACGCCCCGGAUCAAGCAGCAUCAGCAGCAGCAGCGGCCGCCGUCGUCGUCUGGCAGCACCGGAAGCAACACCACCAACCUGCUCAUGGACUUUACCGACCAGCUGCGCUUCCCUCCGCCAAAGUCGCCCGGCAAGCGUGGCGGCCUGUCCCCGUCACGGACCAUGCCAGCCGUCUCGGCCACGCCCAGCCGGCGACAGCUCACCGCCAGCCUCAUCGACUUCGACAUCCCGCCGAUGCCGACUCCCCGGAGCCUGCCCUCCAUCACGCCGCGCGAGCUGGAGUCCCUCAAGUCCGGCUUCCUGUCGGAAAUCAGCUCCCUCAAGGCGUCGCUGAGCGGCAAGGAAGCCGAGGUGCACUCGCUCAAAAGCGCGGUCGGCGACGCCGAGAAGCGGGUCGGCGAGUCUAUGGAGCAGCUGCGCGAGGAGCGGGCCUUGAACGAGCGGCUGUCUGCGGAAAAGGGGGACUGGGAGAAGCGUGGGCGGGACAUGGACAAGGUGCUCCGCAAGAUCAAGGAUGAGGUCGCGACGUGCCGGCAGGACCGGGAGGAGCUGGAGCGCAAGCUGGAGGAGAGCGAGAAGCGCAGAGAGGCCGCCGAGAUGAUGCACCAGGAGGCCGAGAGCAAGAUGGCCGGCAUGCGAGCCGGCAAGGGCUGCGAAAGGGGGGUCAAGGACGGCCCGGCGACGGCGGCAUCAGCGGCGGCGGCGGCGUCAAGCCGCGACGUGGAGAUGGCCGUCGAGCGGGUGGCCCGGGAGCUCCACGCUCUGUACAAGGGCAAGCACGAAACAAAGGUGGCCGCGCUGAAGAAGUCGUACGAGGCUCGCUGGGAGAAGCGCGUCAAGGAGCUCGAGGCGCGCAUCGAACAGGUGGGCAGCGAGAACGAUGCGCUGCGCAGCCGUCGGGACGCGAGCACGCCAACGAGGCCCGAAGAUGGCGGCGCCACGGAAGCAGCAGCGGCAGCGGCGGCGGCAGCGGCAGCAGCGGAGGAGCGAACAGCGCAGGCGGCCAAGGACGGAGCGACCAUCAAGGAGCUCAGCGCGGACGUACAGCGUCUCGAGGCGAUUGUCUCGACGGUGAAGCGGGACAACAAGGAGCUGAGGACCAUGCUGGAGAAGGAGAGGGUCGAGAAGGGCGAGCUGGUGCAGCUGGCCGAGGAGAUGAUGAGCAUGCAGAGCAUGCAGAGCAUGGCGGCGGCGGCGGGCGGCGCUCCGCAUCACGGGCGGGCCGAGCAGGCUGCCGCGGCGGCGUGGGGCCCGGCGCAGCCUCCGGAGCGGCAGGACCACCAGCGCGCGGGGGUGAAGACGCCGAGAGCAGCGGCAGACGGCGCGCGCAUCCCGGGUGCCGGCAGGGGGGGGGUAGGAGCAGCGGCAGGGGCGGGAAUGUCGGGGCUGCGGGGGCCGGGGUCGGCGAUCCGCGCGCCGGGGCACGUGAGACGGGGGAGCGGGGGGCUGCCGCGGCCGGGGGCCAGGAGCGGCAUCAUGAGUUCGAUUGAGAAGAUGGGCAACUAUCGGGGGCGAGGGCAGGAAUAA